CAUGUCUACCGGGUCUGUUCUUCCCGAGUCUGAUAGCCCUUGACCGACACACCGGCUCCGUGGUAGCUGUAGGGGAGGACUGUCUCAAACCAGAGAUACGGAAGAGCUGUAAGAUCGUGCACCCCAUCCGGCCCUCCAACAAAGUGGAUCAGUUCAACAUUGAGGUUCAGCUCAUGAGACCCUUAUUCAACAAGAUAUUUCAAGAUCUUCAAGCAAGCCCAUCAGAGUUCUGGGUGAUGUUGAGCACCCCUCAGAACCUCGGAGACGUGCUCAAGAAAGGUCUGAUGGAGUGUCUAGUGGACCAGCUCAACGUUCGCGGUGUCUGCAUGGUCCAGCAGGCCCUGCUCUCGCUCUACUCCUACAACGCCACCUCCGGCAUCAUUGUGGACAUUGGUCAUCGCAUCGAGAUACUGCCCAUUUUUGAUGGUUUCGUCAUCGAGGGAGGUGUCGCCCGUUGCCCUUAUGGUGCCCAGAAAGUGCAGGAGUCCUUGACGACGGGGUUGCUAGGCAACAACUACAAGUUUGUGUCCAGCACGGAGCAGAUCCUGGUGCGCUAUCUCAUGGAGAAGACGUGCUACGUGGCCCAAGAUUACAAACAGGAAGAACAAUGGUGUAAAGACCGCGCCAUUGCCAUGAGGACCGGUGUCAGCUUUGAGCAGUUCAACUUGCCUGAGGGAGCUUAUCAGAGUAUCGAGCAUGACCUGAGCCGCUUCCACAGUCCCGAGGGUUUCUUCAACGUGGACAUGUGGGAGAUGGACUACCCGACACUGCACCGGCUGGUUUUCCAAGCCAUACAGACCUGCCCCAUGGACAACCGCAGACACAUGUGGAGAGCUGUGUUUUUAAGCGGAGGAGUGACCAUGUUGCCAGGAUUCGCAGAGCGGCUGCAGCUAGAACUUACCAAACUGGCUCCACCUGGAGUGCCGGUAGAGGUUCAUGCGGCCCCCCAGAGGUACCACGCCGCGUACGUCGGUGCCUGCUCCGUGGCCCUGAUGCCCCAGUUUGAGGACAUGUCGAUAUCUCGCGGGGAGUGGAAGAGCAUGGGAGGGAAAGCCUUCCGCAAGUGGCAGGCCCGGGCGUCCUCGUAAUGAGCUCGGAUCAUCCUCGUAGGGAGUUCAGUUAUUCCUCCUCCAGUUCAAAGAGCGUGGUUGUGCCGUAAGCUGACAAAAUGCCCUUUUUUGUCCCAUUUUGGGGCCAAAAUUUUUUAUUUGCUUAAUCGAAAUCCUGAUCAGUUACCCUACUUGUGUGAAAAUAUCAAAUUGAAACUUUGACUAGUUUGGGAAUAAAUUAGAAUUUAAAUUUCAGAGUGACUCUGUUUUUAAAUGGUUACACUGACUAAAAAUCCCUCUUUUUCUUGAAAAUGCUGUGAAGAAAAAAAAAGCAUUUUGUCAGCUUACGGCAGUCCCCCAGAGAAAGGUUGUGGCAGUGGAGAUUUUUCUCCAUGACAUUUUUUCUUAGUGCUGCUAGUUUGUCCUCACAGCUGUUGGAGGAAAGGGAAAAGGUCGAUGUCAAGAGGCUGGCUGUACUUUUUUCCUACAGUGUGCUUUUCUCGGAGAAAAGUUUUGUCAUCUUGUUACAGAAAGCUGAAAGAUUGAAACU